GUCAACGUUAACCUUUCAAAUGUCAAAUAUGUAUUUUACAAACGCAAAUAAAAAAGUGUUACUCUUUUUUUGUCUUUUUGCAUUUUCACACAUGCACACAUGGUUUGUAUUUAAUUAAAUAAUUCUUCAACUUCAAAUAACGCAAGAGACGAAUAUGGCUGAUGAAGACGAAAUUGAUAUUUUAGGAGAUUUUCAACUCGACAGUGAUUCCAAUUUGUAUGAUGGUGGCCCUUUAAUAUCUCAAAAUUCUGAAUUACUAAAUUGCGAUUAUACAAUUCACCCUCAGUGGCUUCUAGACCGACCGAGCACUAAUCCAGACAAUUGGUACGAUACGGACACAUUCACCAGUCUCGCAGAAAAAACAUUACCUGAAAUUGACCCAGUUGUUGGUCAUUUAUCCACAGAAAACAGCAUUACUGAUGAAAGUGGUUGGACAGAGAAAGAAAAGAAUUUGUUAGAAAGAGGCAUUGAAAUUUUCGGUAAAAGUAAUGUGAGAUUAUCCCAAUUUAUUGGAUCGAAAUCAGCACCUGAAGUUAGAUAUUAUUUGAAGAAUUUUUAUUUAGAAAAUCACUCAAACAGGAAAAGUAGUGAAUGUGCAUUGGAAGGAGAUGUUUUAGAUGAUGCACAGAUUCCAGCUAGUAUUGAAGAAGUUAUAGCAGCAGUGAGUACAGGCAAGACUACUGUUCAACUACCAUUUAACAGAUCAAGGAAAAAGAGUCACUCUAACAGUACAUCUACUGAUCCCAGUGAUAGAGAAUUAAGUAGAGACCAUUCUCCUCAGACACCCAGAAGAAAAAAAUUGAAUUUUGAAAAUUCAACUAGAAAAAAUGUAACUAAAAGUUCUGGUUUAAAACUAAAGAAAUCACCUGUUGCAGGAGUUAAAUUUAGGAUCAAAUCUAAAUUAAAAAUUCCUUUCAGUUACGAUAAGGUUAUCAAGCAAAAAACUGUUAAAAUUAUCAAUGCAAAAAGUAAUAUUGAUGAAAUCAAAAGGGUUGAAAUUACCACUGGACAUGGCCUAUCUGUACCAAUUUGUGAAGGUGAAGAAAUCAUUAAAUUAAAACAUACUUCAGAAGAUUCUGAUACAGACAUAGAUAUAGAUGUGGAAUCUUCAGACAAUGAAUCUCAGAUUAAAAAACUUGAUUCCUCAAAAUCCAUUAUUGACAGCCAAUCAAAACCAAAUACAAAACUGGAAACUAAUGUUAUAAAUUCACAUGUACCAACAAAAUUUUCUCAAUUCGAAAAAUCUGUUCCUACUUUAAAUGCUCUUGAUUUAUCAGGAGUUAGUGAUUCUGUGUUAAAUGAAUUGAUGAGUUUAGAGGAGCCAAAAAGUGAGUGCAAAUUAAAUGAACAUGGUAUUACCGAUUUGGAGAAAAUCGUGCAUGCUGAAUACUUUUCAGACAGUUCUACUAAAACACCUGAAAGAUAUGUCAAGGUGCGCAAUCAUAUUUUACAAGGUUGGCACUCGCAGAAACCAAAAUAUCUGAAUAAAACUGUAAGUCGUCAAGGGUUGAAAAACUGUGGUGACGUUAAUUGUUUUGCUAGGAUACAUUAUCUCCUAGAACAAAUUGGAGCAAUUAAUUUUGGAUGCGAUCAAGUGAGUUAUGAGAGACCUUUACUUGAUUUUCUAAAAGAGAAAUUAACCACCAAAGAAAAGAAAAAACAAGAAGUCAUUAAGGAAUGUAAAAAAGAGUUUAAUGUCCCAGUUGGUAGAGUUAGAAAUAAAAAGAAAUUUAACCACGAUGGAGAAGGGGGAUAUACAAUGUCACAUGAUGAAAAUGGUGUAAUUAUUAAACACACAAUUAUUAAUGAAGAUCCGAUUGUUAAACAAAAACAGUAUAUCAAAAAACCAACGAUAAGGCUUAUAUACUGUCGACCAUUCAAAGAUGAAAAAUUGCAACCUUAUACAAUAAAAAUACACCUUUCGACGCUACUGACGAUGGACUUUCACGCCCAUACGUGUUUGACCGAAGUUAUGGGACUCAUUGCCGGUUACUGGGAACCUCAAAACAAAACACUUAUCAUUACGCACUAUGAACCUUGCCUGAAUGUCGCCUCAUCCGCUACACAUUGUGAUAUGUGUCCUAUCUCACAAGCAAAGGCAGCAGACAGUAUCCAUGCUAUGGAAUUGGAUAUAUUAGGAUGGUUUCAUUCCCAUCCUACCUUCGCGCCAGAACCCUCGCAUCAAGAUCUGGAAACCCAGCAAUCGGUGCAGCAAUGGAUCGGCCAGAACAAGCCCUGCAUCGGAAUGAUUCUUUCUCCGUUCAGUCUGAACGGGGCGCUGAUCGCGUCGCCGUUUCGAUGUUUGAUCGUCGACAGAAAGAUCAAUUUCGAAGACCAGUUGGUGCCUUACAAAUUCAAAGUCGAUAUAGUCGAGGGUGGUUUUCAGAUAGGCGAGUUUCUGAGUAAUUUGAGGAAAGUGAUCAAGUGCGAUUUUGGAACGGGCGAGAAGCAUCGAGUCGAUUUCAGUAAGCCUUACUUUCAUGAGAGCAGCAUUACGUUUCUAGAAAAGUAUAUUACCAGCGUUCGCAUGCAUCUCGCAAAAUUGGGAACACUGACCAAACCGACAUGUGAAAGCAUUAUUAAAGGAAUUUCUUUAGUUUGCAAUAAACGGAGUUGUUAAAUUUUUCAAAUCAUGGGAAUAUUUUCUUAAAAUAAGAGUUUAACUAGUUAAUUGUUAUUUAUUUUUCUACUAUUUAAUAAAUCAAAAUACGAAUAUUUGUGUUAAUUUAUUUUCUUUUGCCCUUUUCGUUG